UUUUCAGAGUUUCUCACAUCAACCAGUUGCAUCCACAAUUUUCUCGAUAUUAUCUGCAAGGAAUCCUCUGGCUAAUGUGCUCUCUCCGAUCGACGACGGCGACGCCAUCCUCGAUUUUUACUCAUCCAUCAACAACAAAAUCAAACAAGACAAGAAAAACAUCAGAAAAUUUCAAAAAUUAAUAACAAUACACAUUUAUUAAUAAUCAAAAAUUCAUUUUCGUUGGCGCCGCGCUUCUCGAAUAUACGGAGAACGGAGGAGGUGGUGGAGUUACGAUGGCGCCUGCCGUCUUACAAAAACCCGGUGUUAUCAAGGAUCCAUCGAUUGCUGCAUUGUUCAGUAAUAAGGAUCCAGAGCAGAGAUAUCAAGAUUUAAGAGAAAUUGGACAUGGAUCUUUUGGAGCUGUCUAUUUUGCAUAUGACAAAAAAAAUGAGCAGACUGUUGCGAUUAAAAAGAUGAAUUUUAGUGGAAAACAGGCUGUCGAAAAAUGGAAUGAUAUUCUUAAAGAAGUGUCUUUUCUGAAUACAGUUGUUCAUCCACAUAUUGUCGACUACAAGGCUUGUUUUCUUAAGGACACUACAUGUUGGCUUGUGAUGGAGUACUGUAUUGGCUCUGCAGCCGAUAUAGUGGAUGUCUUGCGAAAAGGAAUGCGAGAAGUCGAAAUCGCUGCGAUUUGCUCUCAAACUUUGGAUGCUCUUCGAUAUCUUCACUCUCUGAAGCGAAUACAUCGAGAUAUUAAAGCUGGAAAUAUUCUGCUAUCUGAUCAUGCUAUUGUUAAACUAGCUGAUUUCGGAUCCGCAUCCCUGGUAGAUCCGGCUCAAACUUUCAUCGGAACGCCGUUUUUCAUGGCCCCAGAGGUAAUUCUGGCAAUGGAUGAGGGUCACUACACGGAUCGUGCAGAUAUUUGGUCAUUGGGUAUCACGUGUAUAGAGCUGGCCGAACGUCGUCCACCAUUGUUCAGUAUGAAUGCAAUGUCUGCCCUCUACCAUAUUGCUCAAAAUGAUCCUCCAACUCUUUCUCCAAUUGACACUAGCGAACAACCGGAAUGGUCGCUGGAAUUCGUUCAAUUUAUAGACAAAUGUCUUCGAAAACCAGCAGAAGAGCGAAUGUCAGCUGAAGAAUGCUUUCGACAUCCAUUCAUUCAACGGUCUCGCCCAUCAGACACAAUUCAGGAACUCAUUCAGAGAACGAAAAAUAUGGUAUUAGAGUUGGAUAAUUUUCAAUACAAAAAGAUGAGAAAACUCAUGUAUUUGGAUGAAACAGAAGGAAAAGAAGGAAGUGAAGGAAAUGGAGCAUCUGAUGAUUUAGAUUUUCAUGGAAAUGAAGCUAAUUCAAUUGGAAGAGGAGAUUCUGCGUCAUCUCGAAGUGCUUCUCUUACUUCUUUCCGAUCAAUGCAGAGUAGUGGAGGAGCUGGUCUUUUAGUGUCCACCAAUACGACGGGUGCUAUGGAUAAUGUGCAUGGAUCCUCUGGAUACGGUAAUGGAAGUAGUUCGACGACGAGCUCCGCACGCCGCCGUCCUCCAAUUCCUUCGCAAAUGCUCUCUUCUACAUCAACGUCUGGUGUUGGAACUAUGCCGAGUCAUGGAUCAGUUGGAGCAUCGAUUACGGCGAUCGCAGUCAAUCCAACACCGUCUCCUUCAGAACCUAUCCCAACAUCACAACCAACAUCGAAAUCAGAAUCAUCUUCUAUACUCGAAACUGCACACGAUGAUCCUUUGGACACGUCGAUACGUGCUCCAGUGAAAGACUUGCAUAUGCCGCAUCGAGCAGUCAAGGAACGAAUAGCCACGUUGCAAAAUCACAAAUUCGCGACGCUUCGUUCCCAGAGAAUAAUCAAUCAGGAACAAGAAGAAUAUACGAAAGAGAACAAUAUGUAUGAGCAAAUGAGCAAGUACAAGCAUCUACGACAAGCACAUCACAAAGAGCUCCAACAAUUUGAAGAACGAUGUGCAUUAGAUAGAGAGCAACUGCGUGUGAAAAUGGAUCGAGAACUCGAACAAUUGACAACGACAUACUCGAAAGAAAAGAUGAGAGUGAGGUGUUCACAGAAUAAUGAACUAGACAAACGGAAAAAAGAUAUCGAAGAUGGGGAGAAAAAGAUGAAAAAGACGAAAAAUAGUCAAAAUCAGCAGCAGAUGAAACUGUAUUCAGCGCAACAAUUGAAAGAAUACAAGUAUAACAAGGAGGCACAGAAAACACGAUUACGAAGUCUGAACAUGCCUCGAAGUACUUAUGAGAACGCAAUGAAAGAAGUGAAAGCCGAUCUGAAUCGAGUGAAAGAUGCACGGGAAAAUGAUUUUGACGAGAAGCUUCGUGCAGAACUUGAAGAUGAAAUUGUAAGGUAUCGCAGGCAACAACUCAGUAAUCUUCAUCAAUUGGAAGAACAAUUGGAUGAUGAAGACGUAAACGUGCAAGAACGCCAAAUGGACACGCGUCACGGAUUACUGUCAAAGCAGCAUGAAAUGACGCGCGAUUUGGAAAUACAGCAUCUCAACGAGCUUCACGCGAUGAAAAAACGACAUUUGGAGACACAACACGAGGCGGAAUCGGCAAGUCAAAAUGAGUACACACAGAGGCAACAGGAUGAAUUGAGAAAAAAGCAUGCGAUGCAGUCAAGACAACAGCCAAGAGAUUUAAAGAUCCAAGAAGCACAAAUUCGAAAACAAUACCGACAAGUUGUGAAGACUCAGACUCGCCAAUUUAAGCUCUACCUUACACAAAUGGUGCAAGUAGUUCCAAAAGAUGAACAAAAAGAGCUCACGUCUCGACUAAAACAGGAUCAAAUGCAAAAAGUCGCACUUCUUGCUUCACAAUACGAAAGUCAAAUCAAAAAAAUGGUUCAGGAUAAGACAGUGAAGCUCGAGUCGUGGCAAGAAGAUGAACAACGGGUUCUUAGUGAGAAGUUGGAGAAAGAAUUGGAAGAAUUGAUUGCUUAUCAGAAGAAGACGAGAGCCACAUUAGAAGAGCAGAUUAAAAAGGAACGUACGGCACUCGAAGAACGAAUUGGCACACGACGUGCAAUGCUUGAACAGAAGAUUAUUGAAGAACGCGAACAAAUGGGAGAAAUGCGUCGACUAAAGAAGGAGCAAAUCCGUGAUCGACACAGUCAAGAACGCCAUCGUCUCGAGAAUCAUUUCGUACGGACGGGCUCGACGAGCAGAAGUUCUGGUGGGAUCGCUCCUGGUGUUGGGAAUUCAAGCAGUAUUCAGAUGGCUAUGUAGAAUGAUGUUGUCUCUUAAUUCUACUACACUUCGGGUCGUCUACCAAUUGUUUUCUUUUUUUGUCGUUUUAUACAAAAUGUAUGCUUGUAUGGACAAUUAAUUGAUAGUAUCUUCCAAAUAUCUUCCAUCUAAUUACGGUUCCAGUUCGUCUUUUUCUAUGUUUUUUCUGCACCACCCUCAUUCUCUCACUUUCUCCAUGUCUUCUCCCUUCUUUUUUAGCUCCCAAAAUCCAAUUCUUCUGUGAUAGAUGAAAACCACGGCUAAACCCAAUGGGGUACGGUAUCCCGAUCUCCGGGAUACAGUAACCCCGAAAAUACGUGCAAUACUUCUCAACUAUACCCAAUUUUUCGUUCCUCACCUUCUCUUCCUAAUUUCAUUCAGAAACGAAACUUUAAUCGGUGCUCUCAACGUUGUUUUCUCUAUUUUCUCUAAUAUUUAUAGUCUAUUUGAUAUCUGAACCCCAUCAUCAUAUCAUAUAUUCCAAUAUAUCUCCUUCUCUUCUAAUUUACUUAUAAAUAUAUUAUAAAACUUUAAUUAUUUA